CUUAAGUUGACGUCACCAAAACUGACCUUUUUUUUUUUUUACAUCGACCACACAACUUAAAGUCUAGGUCCAGCUGCAGGCUUGAAAGUUUGUGUUACCGACCGAUCAGCAGACGACGUCACGGUCAUAUUCGUUUGAAAGAUGUGAGGGGCCUCCUGAGCGGUCCGAAGCACGGUUCGAACGCCCUCCGGCGCGGACGCGGCGCUGUGCCGUGCUCUCUCGGCGCCCCGCCCGGCCCACCCGGCGCAGUCUAGCUGAUCCACUCGUCGUCGCACGACACUUCAGCUCUCUCAACAUGGCGCAGCACCAGCACGAGUUCGAGACCCCCGACCGCAUGGAGUACACGUUCCUGCCGGUCACCGCGGGCUCCAUCCUCUUCAAGGUCCAGGCGGCCAACGACGCCCACAUCGCCCUAACCCCCGGGCCCAACGACACCGAGCCCCAGUACGAGAUCUUCAUCGGUGGCUGGGGAAACGCCAAGUCCGCCAUCCGCAAAAACAAGCAGAAGCCCGAUGCGGCCAUCGUUGACACGCCUGGCAUUCUGAGCGCCGCGGAGCCGCGCGGCUUCUGGAUGCGCUGGAACCACGGCGAGCUGUCGGUGGGCAAGGAGGGCGUCGCCGAGCCCUUCCUGUACUGGAAGGACCCCGAGCCCUUCGGCAUCGGGCACUACGGCAUCUGCACGGGCUGGGGCGCCACCGGCACCUGGUACAUCGAAGACGGCGACCGCAGCAAGCGCGUGGACACGGAGGACAAGCUGGAGUACAACUGGCACCACGUGCAGCAGGGCUGCCUUAACGUGGAGGUGUGCUGCCCGCACAACGCGCACCUCGCGCUCACCUGCGGGCCCUGCGACUCGGACCCCAUGUACGAGGUGCUGCUGGGCGGCUGGGAGAACAUGGCCUCCGUCAUCCGCUACCGCCGGGAGAAGCCCGAUAAGGUCCGCGUUAACACGCCGGCCAUCCUCAGCCAGGGCGAGUACCGCCGCUUCUGCGUCGCGUGGAAGAACGGGCGCGUCUGGGUAGCCGACGCGACGGGCAGGACCCUCAUGGAGUGGGAGGACCCCAACCCGUUCGGCAUCUCGCACUUCGGCGCGCGGACGGCGUGGGGCUCGAGCGGCAAGUGGCGGGUGUGCGCGGCCGAGCGGCCCGAGUACUCUGCCGAGCCCUCCGCGCCCCCCGCACAGCUGGCCGCGGGCGCGCUGCCCGGCUGGGCCGUGGACGGCGGCAACAAGGGCGGCUGCGCCACGUGGGUCGACUGCACGCACGGCGUGGUGCCGCCCAACGCCGUCCAGGCGGGCUUCGACGGCGAGCAGCUGUACGUCGGCCGCGCCAGGCACGCCGGCGACAUCAUCCCGGGCAAGGUGGUGCCCUCGCACCAGGUGUGCUACAUCCCGUGGGGCGGCGCGGAGCAGGCCAAGACCGAGUACCAGGUGCUGUGCAACUGCGACCCGGUCUGGAUGCCCGCCACCGAGGGCCGCGUUCCCACCGGCGCCCUCCCGGCGGGAGAGACCGAGGGCGUCGAGCCGCUCUUCAUCGGCAGGGCGACGCACAACGGAGUCAUGUGUGUCGGCAAGGUGCAGGAGACCCACGGCGUGUGCUACGUUCCUUACGGCGGAAAGGAGAUGGCGUUCAAGGAGUACGAGGUCUUGUGCGCCCAGUAGGACCAGCCAGGCCCCGCAGUGCGAGCUGCUGCUUUACCCCGCACCGCCAUAAUAACAUCCGUGCAAUUCAUUAUCAAACAGUAUUGGAAGGCAUACCCCUCAAGCAGAGACGGCAGGGUUUGGUUUAUACCGACUUGGAGUUCAAUGUAAAGAUCAUAAAGGCAAAAUCUAGUUUUUUUUUUAUUGGUGCAUGAUUGAAAUAUUUGUAUCCAUUGCCGUUUGUUUUUCUUUGAUAAGUAUUUUAUGUUAUGAGCUGUUGAGAAUUUUUAUGUAGAGUAUACUUUGUACAAAUUUUGCAAAUAAACAAGUGACCAAGAA